AUCAACACACAUAAACACAUACACACUUCUAAUUAAAUUACACUAUCAAUUCCCAAUGGCAUCAUCCAUGACCAUGACCACCUCCUUCUUUGGUGGCGCCGUCGCCACAAAGCCAGCCAUAGCCACCACCCGUCCCAGCCAGCUGGCGGUGAGGGCCUCGAUGGACUUGGAGAAGGUGGUGGAAGCAACUGCAGAGACCACCAACACGAGGCGGGGCCUCGUGUUGGCGGGGAUGGCAGCAGUAGCAGCAUCAUCCGUCACAAAAGCCGCGACAGCGAUUCCCGGCGGGUAUACACCGGUGAAGAAUCCAAGUGCACCGGAGUAUAUUAUACUGGCGACAUUCGCGGUGUCGGAAUACAACAAACAGAAUAGUAAAUCCUGGAUUUUGGACACUGUGAAAAGUGUUGAGACGCAGGUGGUGAACGGUACGAAUUACCAGCUGGUGUUCACUACGAGGGAUGAAAGCGGCGAUCGCGACAACUUCGAGGCCAUUGUUUACUCCAAGCUCGCGCCGUCGUCCCUCGAGCUCACUUCCUUCAAGCGACUUUAUCUAUAGAUUUCCUUCAUAAGGUAUCAACGGAGUCCUAAACGCAACAGAAUGCUCAAGUACUGUAUCAGUUAAUAAAGUGUGUGAAAAAACUAUCUCCACUCUUUAGCACCUUUCUCAGCCUCUAUAUAAGGCCUUUUAUUGUAAUUUGGAUAUUGUACUUUUUUUCACAAUCUAAUCAAUAAAUAUUAUUCCCCUCU